AUGGCCACCAACGUUGAGCCAAACACAGACGCCUACGAGGUCCAAUCUCAGGUCGGAUCCGAGCAUGAACAGGCAUACCCGUAUAACACCAACCAGCAGCUCACGCAGCAAAAUGGUACCCUCCGGAAAUCACGCAUCAGAGACCGCCCAGAAUCCAGAGCUUCCGAAAGCAGCAGCUUGAAGAUCAAGAUCGAACUAGAUAUUGAAGCUGAGGUUGACCUGUAUGCUCGAGUGAAGGGCGAUAUGAAUAUAAAAGUAGGGUAUUCCCCAUUGUUAUUUGCACAGAAACAAAACAUCUACCAACCUAUCUUUGAAAUAAGAGCGCGGGAGGGUCUUAGGAUGGCUGGACUGCGAUUAGGCCUCUUCCUUGCAACAUAUGACGAUUGA